AUGCCGAGAAUAAUGAUAAAAGGUGGUGUCUGGAGGAACACAGAGGAUGAAAUUCUUAAAGCUGCCGUAAUGAAAUAUGGCAAAAACCAAUGGUCUAGAAUAGCCUCAUUGCUUCACAGAAAAUCUGCGAAGCAAUGUAAAGCCCGUUGGUUUGAAUGGUUGGACCCCAGUAUCAAGAAAACGGAAUGGUCUAGGGAGGAGGAUGAAAAAUUAUUACAUUUAGCCAAACUAAUGCCGACUCAAUGGAGAACCAUCGCUCCCAUUAUCGGUAGGACAGCAGCGCAAUGUCUAGAACGAUAUGAAUAUUUGCUGGAUCAAGCACAAAAGAAAGAGGAAGGUGAAGAUGCAGUUGACGAUCCUAGGAAGCUUAAACCUGGGGAAAUUGAUCCCAACCCUGAAACUAAACCAGCUAGGCCAGAUCCUAAGGAUAUGGAUGAGGAUGAGUUAGAAAUGCUGUCUGAAGCUAGAGCUAGAUUAGCUAACACUCAAGGCAAGAAAGCCAAACGCAAGGCCCGCGAGAAGCAGCUGGAAGAAGCCCGACGUUUGGCAGCCUUGCAAAAACGUAGAGAAUUGAGAGCCGCUGGUAUCGAAGUAACAUCAAGACGCAAGAAAAAGCGGGGAGUCGAUUACAACGCGGAGAUUCCGUUCGAAAAACGUCCGGCGAUCGGAUUCUAUGACACAUCGAACGAGGCUCUAGACCCGAUGGCUCCGGAUUUCUCCAAAAUGAGACAGCAACAUUUGGACGGGGAGCUCCGAAGCGAACAAGAAGAGAGGGAGCGCAAAAAAGACAAGCAGAAGUUGAAGCAAAGGAAGGAGAACGAUAUACCGCAAGCGAUGCUUCAAAACCAGGAACCGGCGAAGAAGCGGUCGAAAUUGGUUUUGCCUGAACCGCAAAUUUCCGAUCAAGAGAUGCAUCAGGUUGUCAAAUUGGGUAAAGCUAGUGAAACUGCCAGAGAAAUAGCCACAGAAAGUGGAAUAGAAACUACGGAUACGCUUUUGAAUGAUUACAUGUUUACCCCGCAAGCUGCCGCCACUCCUAGGACUCCGGCACCCCAAACUGACAGGAUUCUCCAAGAAGCCCAAAACAUGAUGGCGCUCACCCACGUUGACACGCCCCUCAAGGGCGGUCUAAACACGCCUCUACACAACUCGGACUUCAGCGGAGUCCUUCCUCAAGCGCAAACUAUCGCUACUCCCAACACGGUACUAGCGACUCCCUUCCGAACGACUAGAAGCGAAGGCGGAGCUACUCCAGGCAGUACCGCGGGUUUCAUGACGCCCAAAAGCGGAGCUCUCACUCCCGUCGGCAAGGCCAACAUGACGCCUUCGGUACGCGAUAAGCUCAACAUUAAUCCCGAAGAGGGUUUAGACGUCGGAAGCACACCCGCCGAACACAGAAUGUUCCAGAUGUCGAUGAAAGACCAACUGAAGAUGGGACUGAGCGGUUUACCGCAACCCAAGAACGACUACGAGAUCGUCGUGCCCGAAAACGAGGACCAAGAAGAACCGGAACAAGCACAAGCACAAUUGGUGGAAGAUCAGGCGGACAUAGACGCUAGGAAACAGGAGGAACUGAAAGCUAAGGCUGCGAAAGAGCUCGCUUCUCGCUCGCAAGUGAUUCAGAGAGAAUUGCCGAGACCGCAGGAUGUUAAUCUGACUGUGCUUCGUCCUCCACACGAGAGUUACUCACUGACCGAUCUUCAAAGGGCCGAGGAGUUGAUCAAAUGCGAAAUGGUCACGAUGCUGCAAUUUGACAAUCUAAAAAAUCCAGUUCCUACCAUAAACAAAAGAACGAAUAUGUCGCAGGCGCAGCAAUUGGCAUUUUUGGAACAGCAUCCGUACGGUUCUUACCGAAAGGAAGAUUUAGAGGUAGCCAAAGGGAUGUUGAAGAAAGAGAUGGAUUAUGUCAAGAAUGGCAUGAGUCACGGGGAGUUGCCUUUAGAAGUCUACACCCAAGUAUGGGAAGAAUGCCUAAGCCAAGUUCUUUAUCUUCCGAAUCAAACCAGAUACACUAGAGCAAAUUUGGCCAGCAAAAAAGAUAGAUUAGAAUCCGCCGAAAAGCGUUUGGAACAGAACAGAUCCCAUAUGGCGAAAGAGGCCAAGCGCGCGGCCAAAAUGGAGAAGAAAUUGAAGAUUUUAACAGGCGGUUAUCAGUCAAGAGCGCAAGUUUUGAUCAAACAGCUGCAGGAUAUGUAUGAGAAUAUCGAUCAGUCUGCAUUGGAGUUGAACACUUUCAAGUUCUUGCAAGAGCAGGAGAAGAGCGCCUUACCUAGAAGGAUACAGUCUCUAACUGAAGACGUGACUAGACAGAUGGAGCGCGAGAAGGUGCUUCAAAAGAAAUACGCGGAGUUCCAGAUUCAAAUCAAACAAUUGCAAGAAGAGUAUUUGACACAGAUGCAAAGCCUACCAAAUGACGAUGCUAGCAAAGGAGAAGAGGUUUCUUCUACGACCAAUGAAGAGACGGCGGUGGACGAGGAUGAUGCGGAAAUGGAUGAAGAUUAA